UCGUGCACACUUCCCACAGCCGGAAUAUAUAAAUAUUGCCCAAGUCAUUUCGAGCAAUAAGUUAUUUAGGAACAUCCCGGUAACUUCAUAUUUAAACAUGUCAGCUAAUAUCGAACCGCCAAAGGCAGACCCAAACGUCAAAGUCAAAUAUACCAAGAUUUUCAUCAAUAACGAGUUCGUCGAUUCGGUAAGCGGAAAGAAGUUCGCCACCGUGAAUCCGUGUACGGAAAAGACAAAUGCCGAAGUAUCGGAGGGAAACAAAGCUGACGUAGAUAAGGCUGUAGUGGCAGCAAAGAAGGCUUUCGCCAGAGGAUCGGAAUGGAGAAAAUUAGAUGCUUCCGCACGUGCGACAUUGAUUUACAGGCUGGCAGAUCUCAUCGAGCAGAACAUCAACGAACUGGCGAAUUUAGAAUCGCUUGACAAUGGAAUGCCCUUCCCCAUGUCGUACCACUCGGUUGGAACUGCUGCGAAACACCUGCGCUACUACGCUGGUUGGGCGGACAAAAUUCAAGGUUCAACCAUCCCAGUUGACGGUAACUCUUUCGCCUUGACGCGUAAGGAACCCGUUGGCGUAGUCGGACUGAUCGUUCCCUGGAAUGGACCCAUUGGGUUGUAUGGAAUGAAACUUGCGCCAGCAUUAGCAGCGGGUUGUACCGCGGUCAUAAAGCCAGCGGAGCAAACACCCUUGACUGCUCUUCUGUUGGCCAGCCUCGUCAAGGAGGCCGGGUUUCCUCCUGGAGUCGUCAACGUUGUACCAGGUUAUGGGGCAACAGCUGGUGCGGCGAUUAGCGCACACCCAGAUAUCGCCAAGGUCUCGUUCACCGGGUCUUCUGAGGUGGGGCAUGCCAUACUGAAAGCUGCAGGCGAGAGCAAUCUAAAGCGUGUCACACUCGAGCUGGGAGGCAAAAGCCCGUUUGUCGUUUUCGACGAUGCCGACCUCGAUUUGGCCGUUCAAACAGCCGGUUCUGUAUUCGUACACGCGGGUCAGAUCUGUAUCGCACCGUCCCGCGUCUUCGUUCAAGCUGGAAUAUACGACGAAUUCGUGAAAAAGGCCGUUGCGGUGGCUGCCGCGACAAAAGUUGGCGAUCCCUACACUCCUGGAUGCAUACAAGGUCCCCAGAUCGAGUCACGGGCGGUCGAUAAGGUAAUGGGACUAAUCGAGUCAGGGAAGAAACAAGGAGCCAAAUUACAGAUUGGUGGAGAACGCCACGGAUCAGUGGGAUAUUUUAUUAAGCCCACCGUCUUCUCGGACGUGAGCGACGACAUGCAAAUCGCCAAGGAAGAAAUAUUUGGACCAGUACAGUCGAUCCUGAAGUUCAACACUUUCGAAGAGGUUGUCGAGAGAGCCAACGCCACUACUUACGGUUUGGCAGCCGGCGUCUUUACUAAGAACAUUGAACUUGCUCUCGAAUUUGCCAAGGCUGUAGAAGCCGGCAGCGUAUGGGUGAACCAGUACAGCUUAUUGACGUCGCAACAACCUUUCGGUGGGUUCAAACAGUCUGGAUUAGGGCGUGAAUUGGGCAAGGAAGGGUUGGAUGCGUACCUCGAAAUAAAAACUAUUUCCAUCAAAACGCCGACCAAUAACUAAUCUAUCUUCCAAGAGCCUUACGACGGUGCUACAUGUCACACAUAUGACUAAUUAUACUGCGUUGAAUAAAUUACUUUAUUAAUUCAAGUUUGAUCAUCGAAUAAUUCGAAUUUAUGUAAAUUUUUGUGAAGUACCGUUCGCAUGGUAUCGUUGUAUGAAUCAAAGUCAGUAAAAUAAUUUAUGAUACUAACUGUAAACUGCAAAGAGAUCAAAGAUUCCUAUACGCAUAUCUUGGAUUACAUGAAAUCGCACAUGUCUGUUACUAUUACAUGAUAAAUGGCUUCGCGUUUUGAAUCUUUGAUGUACUUCAAUUUUUUAAGACCAAAAAAAAUAAAAACAAUUUGGUUGUA